AUGCAGCUCAGCAAAAGCCAGAAAUACGACUAUUUUCGAGACCAGUUAAAAGCCUGGCGAACUUGUGGCGCCUUGGAUCUCAGCGAGGGUAGAUACUGCAGUUGGUCGAUGCUUUUGUGCAUCUUGGUGUACCUGCCGGCACCCAUGCUGCUGAAAGGAGUAUACAGUUUCGACGAUCCGGUGGAAAAUAAUUUCAGCUUGAGCCUGACAAUCACUUCGCUGUCCAAUAUCAUGAAGCUAUCCAUGUACGUGGCCCAACUAACCAAGCUGUUCGAGGUCCAGCGUCUCAUUGGUCAACUGGAUGCCCGGGUUGCUGGCAAGAAUCAGUCUGAGCGCCAUAGAAAUAUGACCGCACAUCUGCAAAGGAUGUCCAAGCUGUUCCAAAUCACCUAUGCAUUGGUGUUCAUCUUCGCUGCAGUUCCCUUUGUUUUCAAAAAAGAGCUAAGCUUGCCCAUGCCCAUGUGGAUUCCCUUCGACUGGAAGAGCUCGAUGGUGGCCUACAUUGGAGUUCUGGUUUUCCAGCAGAUUGGCUUUAUCUUUCAAAUUAUGCAGAGCUUUGCAGCUGACUCGUUCCCACCGCUGGUACUCUACCUGAUCUCCGAGCAAUGCCAACUGCUGAUCCUGAGAAUCUCUGAGAUUGGUUAUGGUUCCAGGACUCUGGAGGAGAACGAACAGGACCUGGUUAACUGCAUCAGGGAUCAAAACGCGCUGUACAGAUUACUGGAUGUGACCAAGAGCAUUAUUUCGUAUCCCAUGAUGGUGCAGUUUAUGGUUAAUGGCAUUAAUAUCGCCAUCACCUUGUUUGUCCAGAUAUUUUAUGUGGAGACCUUGUACGAUCGCAUUUAUUACCUCUGCUUUCUGUUGGGCAUCACCCUGCAGACAUUCCCACUGUGCUACUAUGGAACCAGGGUGCAGGACAGCUUUGCGGAGCUCCACUAUGCGGUUUUCUGCAGCAACUGGGUGGAACAGAGUGCCAGCUAUCGUAGGCACAUGCUCAUCCUGGCGGAGCGCACUAAGCGGACGCAGCUCCUCCUCGCCGGCAACCUGGUGCCCAUCCACAUGAGCACCUACGUGGCCUGCUGCAAGGGAGCCUACUCCUUCUUUACCCUGAUGGCCGACAGAGAUGGCCUGGGAUCUUAG